ACAGACAGAGUUGUCAAAUUUUUAAAACAUUGUAGAUUUGAAAUCGUUUUUGCGUUUUUCAGGAAAUUUAACAGUUUUGUCAAGAAAAACGGAAAUCUUUUUCCCAGUUUCAGUGUCACCGAUAAACAUAGUUUAAGAGUGGUAUCUUAAACAUCUUCGGACUGUGUUGUAGACUGAAAAUUGUUCUAUUUAAAAAGUUAGCAAAAUAAUGAACGACGACGAAUCUACAUUCAAGAAACCAUCGAUAGAUCUGAAGCUUCUUGGCAAAAGUCGUGUGCCGGAACUUCCUAUCAAUGCAUCAACAGUGGAUGUCCCAGAACCGUCGACGUCCGAGGAUGCAUCUUCUCUGGUGGAAAAGGAACAGGUGCUGGCCAGCGAUACAAACGAAAUACCUCCUAUUCCGUACAAAGAACCCGCCUGGUCCCGGAAAUGUGACGGCGCCUUGAGGUAUGACUUUGAGGUUCUAAAGAAUGGUGUGAUCAUAGAAAAUGUCGAUCAUUUGGAGAACAAGGCGUUUUGGAUAUUUGGCCGACUUCCGAAUUGUGACAUCAACAUGGCGCAUCCCACCAUCUCCCGGUACCAUGCCAUUUUACAGUACAGAGCAGCUGUGGAUGAUGCAGCGAAGGACGAAUCCGACGAGGAGGAAGAAAGUAAACCAGCUCAUAUUACCAUCGAACCGGGAUGGUAUCUGUAUGAUCUCAAUAGUACUCACGGAACCUUUUUAAACAAACAACGUUUGAGGCCAAAGACGUACGUGAGAGUCCGAGUGGGAUACAUGAUAAAACUCGGAUCCAGUACACGGACGUACAUCUUGCAGGGUCCUCCAGAAGAUGAGGACGAACCGUCGACAAUGACCAUCACCGAGAUGAAAGAGAUGCGUCAAAAACAGGAAAAGCUUCGGGAAGAGAUGGCCGAAAUUGAACGGCAAGAGAAGGAACGGAUUGAAAAGCUUAAGGAAUCGGAAGGCAUUAGCUGGGGUAUGGCGGAAGAUGCCGACGAGGAGACCGACCUGGCACACAAUCCUUUCGCCGUGUCCAACAACGAGGAACUGUUUCUAGACGACCCAAAGAAGACUCUUCGUGGAUACUUCGAGCGGGAGGGCCACGAUUUGGAUUACAAGCUGGACGAACUGUCGGUUGGGAACUACGUAUGCAAAGUUGAACUGCCGGUGGAUGACGAUUUUGGUCGACCGAUUGUGGCGGAAGUCACACACAAGGGCAAAAAGAAGGAAGCUGUUGUACAAUGCGCACUGGAAGCCUGCCGCAUACUGGAUCGGUACGGUUUGCUCCGACAGGCCACUCAUGAACCUCGUCGGCGACACAAAAAGACAUCCGACUCGGAUGAAGAUGACGACUUCCUCGAUCGAACUGGAGACGUUGAACGACGUCGCCAACGGAAGCAAACCAAGAACUCUACUGAGGUCCACACGUACGAAGAUCUGAUUCGACGCGAAUCAGAACUGCUGGAACAGUUGGAGGCAAUUGAAAGCAAGCUCCAGCAGCGGCAAAUGAUCCAGAAAGGAACCCGUCUGCCGGAAAACGAUGAUGAUGUGGAUGAUUUCUUAACAAAGCUGUCGGAGGACAAACCGUAUGAUAAGUUUGAAGUUCGCCGGCUAAGACUGGAGAAGGAACGACUUCUUAAAGAUCAUGCGACGCUUCAGAAGCUUAUCAAAAUAGCCAAACCACUGGACCUCCCGAGCAUGAACCAGGGUGCCUCAGGUUCUGGAACUAGCAAAGAGGAAAUGAAGAAAAAAAUGAUGCCACUCUUUGGAAAACGGAACAAACUGAGUAAGACAUUCGGAAUAAAAAAGUCCGAAAUCAAGGUCGGAGGAGCUACAAGCACACAUGGCGAAGAAGUCGAAGAAGAAGAUGAAGUGGAAGGGCUUGAAGAAGUUAGGACGGAGAAAACACAGGAAACCCAAAAGGUAAAACCUGAUGCUAAAUCCGAUAGAGUUCAAGGCCCGUCAUUUGAUCGCAAGCUAGUUGAACAGCACGCCGAGAAGCAUCAUACGGAGGAGCAGCAGGUGGAAGAUAAAAAUGACCAUGUCGAUUCUGCGCCAGUGGACGAUGAUAGCAAAAAACGUAAAAGUGAGGCAGAUCAUGAAGACGUUUCGAAUACGUUAUCGGCGACGUCUAGUGCUAGCAAGAAGAAACGGAGUCGGACUCGUACACGGGAUCGUAACCGUGACAACGUAGAUUUUGACGACACUGACGAACUGCAGAGCGCGGAAAAGAACAUCGAGUGGGUUCCACCGCAGGACCAGACCGGCGAUGGAAGAACAUCGCUAAACGAAAAGUUUGGUUACUAGCUAAAUGUGGAACAUUGUUGUACCAAGCAGAGUAUUUUCUUUGAAAAUUCUAGAUACUACCGUGAAGCUUUUAAGUCGAAUCGACUGUGAAAUAUUAUACUGUUGGAAACUAAUGUUCCAUGCGUUGUGCACUUGUACCGUAUUUCAAAAAUAUGAUCAGUCACAAUGGAAUAUACUAAACGAUUUAGGAA